AUGGAGAACUGCACUGAAAACAAUAUGCUGCAGAAUGACACUGCACAGAAUAUUUGGCUAUUUCAACUUACCGUCUACAUCCCGGUGCUCAUUUUGGGGAUCCCACUGAACAUCAUUGCUUUCUGGGUCUUCUGCUGCAAGCUCAAGAGGUGGACCGAGACCAGGGUGUACAUGAUCAACCUCAUGGUCGCAGACAGUUUUCUGCUCUUUGCCCUGCCUUUCCUGAUAUAUUUUACCAGCUACGACCAUCCCGUAGACAAUCUCUGUUUCACCAUACAGAACAUCUAUUUUGCAAACAUGCCUAUGAGCAUCCUUAUUAUCACCCUGAUUGCAAUUGAUCGAUACAUUGCAAUCAAGUUCCCUCUAAAAUCAAAUAUUCUUCAAUCCCCACUGAAAUCAGCUUCUAUCUGUGGGUUUCUUUGGGUAGUACUGAUAAUUUAUUCCUACUUGCAUCAAAAAUUUCAUAAAGCAAAGGAAAACUUGUGCUUUCAGAAAGAGUCUACUGAACCUAACUAUUUAACGUUAUUCUCCAUUAUCUUUGGGUUUAUUGUUCCCUUAGGGAUUGUGAUUUUUUGCUCAGUACAAGUCAUCAAAUGUCUCAAAAAGAAAAUGGCUACGAGCCCCCAUGAGACAACGUUAAUCCAGAAAGCAAUCCACAUUGUUUCUGUGAAUUUGUGUGUGUUCGUUGUAUGUUUUUCACCUUUCUACAUCACACUGCUCUUGCGGUUUGCAGUGGAUGUUGCUGGAGCUUGUUCUCUGCUCUCAGAAGUUAGAGCCUCUGUUCGGAUCUGUGCAUGCUUAGCAAAUUCUAACUGCUGUUUGGAUGCAGUUUGCUAUUACUUUGCUGCCACGGAAUUUCAGGAAUUUUCUUCUCUGUUCCCCACUUGUAUAUCAAUGAGGUCCAAGACGAACCAAAGCCAAGAGUCACAGCCACCCACAGAACAAGUCAUGAUAUAA